AUGAGUAUCGACGUCUCAGACACAACCCCGGUCAAUAAGCAGCCCAAGAAACAGCCCAGCUUGCUUGGGAGGCUUCUUCGCAAUAAUAACCGCUCGCCAUCUCCCGAGCUGGAUCAGUCGCUGACCCCGGAAUCGUUGCCGCCGUUGGCGGACCUCCAGUUGUCGGGAUACGCUCCUGGAACAAAACAUCGUGUUCUUGACGAGGAAUUGGCUCUGAAUAUUCGGAACUUGCUUCCUCCUCGCUUGCAGUUGUACAACGAGUGGGAGCUCUUGUACUCCUUGGAGCAGCACGGCAUCUCGCUCAACUCUCUAUAUCGCAACUGCCGCCCAGAAACGCAAAGAAAAAAGCUCAGGAAAAAGAAGGAGAACUCUCAUAAUGACCAGACUGGGUACGCUGAAGGUGUCAUCAAGAACAUGGUUGCUUUUGGUGAUCCGUCUCGUAACAAGGGUAGUAGACCCCAUGGCUACGUUCUCGUCGUCCAGGAUGAGCACAAGAACAAGUUCGGCUGCUAUAUGAGCGAACACCCGCACCCGCUGGAACAUAAGCGGUACUACGGCAACGGAGAGUGUUUUUUGUGGAAAUGUGAGUGGUACCAUGCGGAAGAACUGGGCAAAAGGCGAAGAGAACGCAGGUUCAAGGCAUUUCCUUACACGGGACUCAACGACAACUUGGUCUACUCCAACGUCGAUUUCAUAGCUGUGGGCUCCUCCCACGGGCAGAACGGUCUAUAUAUCGAUAAGUCGCUUUAUUCUGGGGUGUCUUAUCCGUGUGAAACGUUCGGCAAUGAAAUCUUAUGUGAGCACGUUCCAGGAGAAAAGUAUGGCUCCUUCAAGAUCAUUAAUCUUGAAGUAUGGAGGGUAGGCGAGCUAGAUGAUGACUGA